CUUGUCCAUCGCUCGAAAUGCUCGCUUUCAUUUCCUCCUCGAUCGCCACUCUCGUUUCACUCCUUGCUCUCGCCGUCAUCUUUCCGACUGUAGCCGGCUAUCCCAUACGUCUUGUGCUACGAGGACUCGGCUGCCGUAUCAAGAAGAGAACAGAGGCAAAGCGGAAACUGAUACGUGCUAGAGUUCGAGUUGAAGAAGAGGAUUAUCAAUCGCAAAGAAAUAGGCAGUCGAAAGCUGAAGAUGAAGAUUGGGAAAAAGUUGAGAGCUACGGGUCCCAAACCGCGACUGAUGGGAAGGUCAAGGACUCAGCCUGGGACGGAGUUGUAGGGUUUUUUCACCCAUUUUGCAAUGCGGGUGGCGGUGGAGAACGAGUCCUCUGGGUCGCAGUCAGAGCAACGCAGAAAAGGUGGCCCAAAGCUAUUUGCAUCAUAUAUACCGGUGAUCAGGAUGUAGAUAAGGCCACUAUGCUUAAAAAUAUUGAAAGACGUUUUAAUAUCCAACUCCACCCUCCUACGGUGGUAUUUUGCUACCUAUCGAACCGGAAAUAUGUUCUGAGCAACACUUAUCCUCAUUUUACCCUUCUUGGACAAUCGUUGGGAUCCUUGGUUCUCGCAUACGAUGCGUUCACGAAUUUGGUACCAGACAUCUUCGUUGAUACAAUGGGUUACGCGUUCGCGCUAGCACUAUCCCACUUCCUAUUUCCGUCUGUCCCCACGGGAGCCUAUGUACACUAUCCAACGAUAUCAACGGACAUGCUGGAGUCUCUUGAUGAUAAGACCGGCCAAAGAGGUCUAAAUGCUGGUGCCGGAACAGGUUGGAAAGGCAUGGUCAAAAGGAAGUACUGGCAUGCUUUCGCGAAACUGUACGGAUGGGUUGGAGGUACGAUUGACGUUGUCAUGUGCAACUCUUCCUGGACAUCGGGGCAUAUAAAAGCUCUGUGGCUCCCAUCAAGGAAGAAUAGAAAGCAGUACCAAGAACCCACAGUUAUCUUUCCUCCAGUGGCAGUAUCGGAUCUCGAGGGGAUAAAAAUUGACCUAGCAAGCGAACGCGAAUCUCGAGAGCCCUCGAUUCUCUACAUCGCCCAAUUCCGUCCGGAGAAAAAUCACGCCCUUAUACUACGGUCAUAUGCCCGUUUCUUAAAACAACUCAGGAUAAAACAUUCUCAUUCGGAUACCUCAACCGAUCUGCCUUCCCCUUGCAUCUCUAAGCCAGAACCAAAGCUCAUCCUCAUCGGCUCCGUCCGCCAAUCCAGUCCGGACGAAACUCAUAUCUACAACCUGCGCCUCCUCGCCCACGAGCUCAAAAUCCGCGACAACACUACCUUUAUCUGUGAUGCUACCUGGCCUACUGUCCUCGAGCAUCUGCGCCACGCCUCCAUCGGCACAAACGCAAUGUGGAAUGAGCAUUUUGGUAUUGGUGUCGUCGAGUACCAGGCGGCUGGCUUAAUCAGCGUCGUGCACGAUUCGGGUGGACCGAAGAUGGAUAUCGUGGUCGAUUUGGAGGAGGGUGCGACUGGAUUCAGGGCUACAACGGAAGUCGAGUAUGCAGCUGCGUUCGAAGCAGCACUAGCACUGCCGGAUGAAGAGAAGAUUACGAUGAGGAUGCGGGCAAGGAAGUCGGCACAGAGGUUCACAGAGGAGGAAUUCGAGAAGAAAUGGCUGGGAGAUAUGGAGAAGUUGGUGGACUUGCGCGUCCAGAGAGCCGGGAGAUAGCAAGCGGCUGCCGGCACCUUUU